AGGUAACGCUUUACCUGCUUGUGUAAUAUUCUUGAAAUUUUGCAUACAUGUAAUUUGGAGUAUAGAGAAGUAUAUAAGGUGGGAUCUUUUAUUCCGGAAAAAAUAAUUUUCUCUUGGGAAACUCACAUUGGGAAACUGACAUUCACCAAAAGGUUCGUGAGCGAAGCCAGGAGGCAAAAGCUAGUUAUAUAAUAAAAUAAGAUGAAUGCAGCAUCUCAUUAGUAGUCUUACAUAGAUUCCUAUGUAUGUAGAUAGUGUGUACUAUACUGAUAUGGUCUAUAGUAUACUAUAGAACAAAUACAAAAUAUUUUUUUGGAAACGUGAAAUCAAAAUGGCGAAAGGACACACUUAUGUACAAUGGAUUGUGGCUAUUGUUUUGGAGACAACAGUAAUGUCGUACGGGCUGACAGCAGGAUGGAUCUCCCCUAUGAAACUUGUCCUCCAAUCGGAAGAGUCACCCGUGGGAAGACCAGUCACAGACAUGGAGAUGACCUGGGUGGCAAGCAUACUGCCUCUGGCGGCUGUCACGGGUGUGCUACUAUUUGUUUACGUCGCUGAUCGUUAUGGCAGAAAGUCAGGGGUUCUUGUCAUGGCUAUUAGUCAAGCGUGUUGCUGGACUAUAAAAUUGUCAACUGCAAAUGUGCCGUGCCUCAUAAUAGCAAGAAUUUUCGCCGGAAUCCCAGCGGGAGGAUGUUUGCAACUUAUGCCGAUUUACGUCAAGGAAAUUAGCCAGGACAACAUAAGGGGCAUGCUGGUGUCUAUGAUCAUAUUAAUGCAGAAUAUUGGAGUCUUCACGAUGUAUGCUAUAGGAGCGUAUUGCAAUUACGCGUCAGUGCUAUAUUUUGGGUUGACAAUAUCGCUGAUCUCAAUUGCUGCGUUGAUCAAAGUCCCCGAAAGUCCUUCGUUCUUAGUCAAGAUGGAGAAAUACGAGGAAGCUGAAAAAACUUUAGCAUUACUACGAGGGCUAGAUGUUAAUGACAAGAUUAUUCAAGACGAAUUGAGCUAUCUGAAAAAUAACGAUACGCAAGCCAAGGAUCUUCCUGAUGUCACAAUCUUUACCAUUUUCAAAAAUAAAUCCUCGCGCUCCGGCUUAUUUGUUAUUCUCAUGAUCAUCAGCGUCCAAGCCACGAACGGUAGCUAUGGGAUAUUCACAUACGCGUCAUCUGUCAUAUCAGCUGCCGGCGUGACCUUGAACCCACAUCUGCAGACUUUGAGCAUUCCAAUAGUGAUGAUAGUCGGGUCCUUCGUCUCUAUAUCCUGCGUGGAGAGGAUUGGGAGGAAGGUAAUACUAGCCUCGGCGUUUGCCCUCUCCACUCUUGGGUUAAUAGGCCUUGGCUGUGCUCUUACGAUGCAGCACCUUGGUCAACCCUUGUCCAAUUGGAUCCCAGCUGUGUCCAUCGUUAUUACUGUGGGGUGCUAUGCUGCAGGAAUUCUGCCGAUGCCUUAUGUCAUUAUGGCUGAAAUGUUUAGUUUUAAUAUCCGAGCAAAAGUGUCAGGCUGCAUCUGCUGCUACGCUUGGUUCGUCACGUUCCUCCAACUUCUGGUGUUCAUUCCUAUAUCAAGCUUAGUCGGGAUGCACAAUACGAUGUUUUGCUUCUCCGCCAUCAACCUUCUAGGCGUUCUUGUCGCCCUGGUAGUUGUGCCAGAGACGAAGGGUAAAAGCGUGGAGCAAAUCGAGGAAAUGUUGGAACUUAGAUAACAAUAAAAAAUCUUUAAAAAAUUAUAAUCGAGCUAUAUUUGAAAAAUAAUAUAUUAUGAAGGUUGUAAUAUAAAUAAAAAUAGAUGUUAUUGCUGUAACGGCUGCUAUGUAUCCCGAUACGGGAAAAUAUGUUGUAAUUUGUAAUUAAAGCGUGUUAAAUAAAAUUAAUUAUACUGAAACCACUUUAUUUGACUGUUAGAGAGUGAGAUAUUAUUUUAAAACUUAAUAUUUUAAUAAUAAAGAAUUAAACG